ACUUGAUCGAUUAUAAAUACGAUCAGCGAUGGAGCGUGCUAGGGUUGGAGCGAGGGGUGCGACGGCGAGGACAGACGGCGGAUCCAGACGGCGGCAAGUUUCCAGAGGGCAGUUACACGGGGUUGAUAAUCAGAUUAAUAGACAAGUGAAGACAUUCUUUUUCUACAAUUUUCCAGAAAACAGUGAGGCAGCGGACUUAUGGUAUGAUUUUGCAAAGUAUGGGAAAGUGGUUGAUGUGUUUGUGCCGAGAAAGAGAGAUAAGUGGGGCAAAAGGUUUGGCUUUGUUAGAAUGGCAGGGGUGCAGAACGAGGAUCAGAUGGAGAAGUGGCUGAAUGAGAUAUGGAUUGGUUAUUAUAAGAUGAGAGUUAAGAUAGCAAAUAAGAUCCAGAACCAAGGCGCAAGAAAUAAAAAAGCCUCGACUGCAGCAAAGGUGAAGUGGACAAAGGUAGGAAUGAAUAGACUGGUGCAACCGGGACAGUCAUAUGCCCAGGCUGUUGUGGGCAACAGCAGUGAAGGGGAACAGGUGGAUGUAAGGCCAACAAAUGCGAAGGAGAGAGUUGGGGAAGCACUAGAACCAGUACAGGCACUACGAUUAGUGGAGAAGGAAGAGGUGGGGUCGAGUGUAAAGCUGGUUGCAAAGGAGGUGAAGAUGGGUGGGGUUGAGAAACAACAGGAGGAGGUGAUCAUUGAGAUCACACCGACAGAAGAGGAGCUUCAAUGGCUGGAAGGGAGUAUGGUUGCUUCGAUGAAGUCGUUGGCGUCGAUAAUGAGUAUACAAGAUCGAAUGGAUGUAGAUGGAGGGCUGAUAACUAUAUCACCACUAGGAGGACGAUCAGUGCUGUUAAUGGAGCGGGUGAGAGGAUUCCUGAUGGAGUAUAUGCAGCACAACAAGGAGACAUUCGAUUCAUGGUUUGAAAAUAUACAACCUUGGAGAGCAGCAGCUAUGCAACAAUGUCGAUUGGCCUGGUUACGAAUAUCAGGGGCUAUUUUGUGUGAUGGGAGGGUGCUGGUUCUCUGUUCUGAUGCAUCUAAAGUCUCACAAUCCAUUAUGCUGAGGGUGGAUGAGAAGCUGUAUGUGAUAGACGUAGUGGAAGAGGAAUGGAGAUCGGAUCCGGACUGGUGGCUGUCGGAGGAUGACCGGAGGAGCUCGUGGAGCACGGCAUCGGAAACUAAUUCAAUGCAGAGCGACGAUGACGGGCAUGAAUUAUUUGCUAACGGGAUUAGCGGCGAGGAUGAUGAUAGUAUAGAGGCGGAGUCGUUAUAUAAGGAAGGUUUUUUUAAUUCAAAUUUACAGGAGGUAACGGCUGGCAAGGAUAAUGCUGGAUUCGGUUUGCCGCGGGAAGUUGGGGAAGUAAAUGGGCAUGAUGCAGGAGAGGCGAAUGACGAGGGGAAUGGGCUGGUAGGGAGCGAUGCUCAUAUUGGGCUUGAGGAGAGUUUUGGGCUUUCUAAAGGCCCAACAGGUGAGGAAAUUAAAGAUAAAGAGGAGGUUUCCACGGGGGAUGUUCUGGAGAAUUCCUGCAUAGUUCAUAAAGACAAAUCCAGAGAUGGGAAGGGUAAAAGGAGGAAGAAAAUUGCAGAGUGUUACCCGGAGGAAGUGUAUGAAAUCCGGACAGAGAGGGUGGACUUGGUCACUGCACGGACAAAGCAGAGGCAAGCAAGGCGGGCAAAGAAGGCUCAAACGGUGACCGACGAAAUGGUGAAGAGAGCUGGAAGUAUGUCUGUGUCCGAUGGAGGCAUUGAGCACCGAAACCAGGUGCUAUCUUUUAAUGUUAAGGGUCUCGGGAGUACGCUUAAGAGGAAGGAAGUGGAGAAAUUGGUGCGGUUAGAAAAACCAGAUUUUUUGUUUGUUCAAGAGACAAAAUUAGAAGAGAUUGAUGAGGGUCUUUGUAAAAUGGUAUGGUAUUCAACUGGGUUUGAGUGGGUUGUGAAGGGGUCUAUAGGGGCUUCAGGCGGGCUGCUCUGUGUGUGGGACAGGAUGAGGUUUACUAAGCUGGGUCAAUUCACAGGGGAUGCUUAUCUGGGAAUAAAGGGGCUUUGGGGAGUUAAGAAGGAGUUGUGUUAUCUUGUAAAUGUAUAUGCUCCAACUAAUAGAAAGAAAAAAGCUGAGUUAUGGGAGGAGUUGAAGCAAAUGAUUAUGGACAAAAGAGGAAGAUGGCUGAUUGCAGGGGAUUUUAAUGCAGUACGUAGCAUUGAAGAAAGGAGGGGUAGAACAGGGGAGAGUCCGGAUAUGAAGGAGUUUAACGAUUUUAUAGAGGCAGUGGGGUUGGUGGAUCAUAAAUUGGCAAAUCGGAGGUUUACCUGGUAUAGACCAGAUGGCUCAGCUAUGAGCCGAUUGGAUAGGGUGUUGAUGACAACUAAGAUGACCGAAUUGGGUGGAGAAUGGGUGCAGCAGGGGUUAAGGAGAACUAUUUCAGAUCAUUGUGCGAUCAUUAUGAAAACCAAAGUAACAGAUUGGGGUCCUAAACCAUUUAGGGUGCUUGAUGCUUGGCAACAACAUCCGGAGUUUAAGAGGGUGGUUGAGGAACAGUGGAAUGCAAUGGCAGUGGAUGGUUAUGCAGGUUUCAGAUGUAAACAAAAAUUGAAGAUGUUGAAAGAAUUUUUGCGAGAAUGGAACAAAGGGGUGUUUGGAGAUAUAGAGGCUCAUUUUGAAAGGGCAGCAGCCAAAGUUGCAAGUGUAGACAUGAAGAAUGAAGAUUUUACGUUGGAAGAAGAUGAGGUACAUGAAAGACAGGAGGGCUUUCAGGAGAUAUGGGACAUUUUGAGGAAGAGGGAAGCUUUAUGGAGGCAGAAGUUAAGAAGUAACUGGGUAAAAUUGGGGGAUGCAAAUACUAGAUUCUUCCAUAAAAUUGCAAAUGGACGAAAGGCUUGUAAUGGCAUUGUAGGGCUCUCAUGUGAUAGACAAUGGGUGGAGGAGCCAGAGAUGGUAAAAAAGGCGGCUGUUGAGUACUUUCAAAAGAUGUUUUGUGGAGAAUCUUGGAAUCGUCCAAAACCUUCCAGUAUUACUUUCAAGCAGAUAACUGAGGAGAUGAGGGCAUGGCUAGAAAGACCAUUUUCAGCAGAAGAAAUUGAAGACGGAUUGAAGAAUUGUGAGGGGAAUAAAGCACCAGGACCGGAUGGAUAUAACUUUAAUUUUAUCAAAUUUGCCUGGAACAGCUUGAAGGAGGAUUUUGUGAGUUUCUUCGGGGAGUUCCAUCAACAUGGCAGGUUAGUAAAGGGUCUAAACUCUUCCUUUUUGACUUUAAUUCCUAAAAAGCUGAAUUCUGUGGAAUUAAAAGAUUUUAGACCUAUUAGCUUGAUUGGGUGUAUUUACAAAUUAUUAGCAAAGGUGUUGGCAAAUAAGCUUAAGGUGGUAAUGUCACAAAUUAUUAGUGAUACUCAGUCUGCUUUUGUUGGGGGGCGUCAGUUGGUUGAUGGGGUGUUAGUCUUGAACGAAGUUGUUGAGAAGGUCAAGAGACGAAAGCACCAAGCUUUUAUUUUUAAGGCUGACUUUGAAAAUGCCUAUGAUUGUGCCGAUUGGUCUUUUCUGGAUUGGAUGAUGAGCAGGUUUGGUUUUGGAGUGCAAUGGAGAGGAUGGAUAAAAGAGUGUCUGUCAACAGCCAGAAUCUCAGUGUUAGUGAAUGGAAGCCCAAUCGAGGAGUUUAUGAUGGGAAAAGGAUUAAGGCAAGGGAACCCUCUAUCCCCUUUUAUGUUUUUGAUGAUCGCCGAGGGGCUACAUGGUCUAGUUAAAAAAGUUGAGACAAAGGGCUUGAUACAUGGAAUCGACGUGGGUAGUAAGGGAUUGAAUAUCUCUUUGCUCCAAUUUGCAGAUGAUACGGUGAUUUUGGGGAAAGCGAAUGGAGAGAAUAUUUUUACUGUGAAAAUCAUUUUACGGUGGUUUGAGUUGAUGUCUGGAUUGCGAAUUAACUUUCGUAAAAGUAGUAUUGUCGAAUUUAAUGUGGCACAGAGGUGGUUAACAGAGGCAGCAUCCGUUUUGAGAUGUGGUGUUGGGGAGAUACCUUUUGUGUAUUUGGGAAUGCCUAGGAAGAUUCCUUGGGUUAGCUGGGAAAUGGUAUGUCGUAGUAAGGAGAAGGGUGGGUUAGGAGUCAUGGAUUUGAGGAGGAGGAAUUGGGCACUUUUAGGGAAGUGGUGGUUUAGGUUGGGUGAGGGUGGAGAGAGCUUAUGGAAAAGGGUCAUGUGGGAUAAAUAUUAUUAUGGGGGUCGGAGGAAGGCGGACAUCAGGGCAGUGGAGAGUCUGAGGAUGUCUAGGAUUUGGAGGGAUGUUAUUAGCGUCGGGGGAAAAUCUAUCAAAUUACAUGACAUGUUAAGGAAGGGGUUUAGGUGGAUGGUUGGUGAUGGAAGGCGAGUAGGUUUUUGGCGCGAAAUUUGGGUGGGGGGUAAAUCUUUAAAGGAGUUAUGCCCUAGGUUAUUUGAGUUAGCUAUGAAUAAGGACGGUAUGGUUUGUGAAAUGGGGGUGUGGGAAAGGGGUCUAUGGAGAUGGAAUGUUGACUGGAGAAGAGGGAUGCUGGGCCAAGAAAGGGGGGAGGAGGUGGUGUUGUGGGAGGUGCUAAGCAGGGUGCAAAUCACGGAAGGCCGCGAAGAUUGCUGGAAGUGGAUGCAUGAUGCAGAAGGGAGAUAUGUAGUGAAGAAGGCCUAUGAGUUUCUGUCACCAAUGGAGUUCAUACUUCCUGAUCAUAUUUGGUCUUGGUAUAUUUGGUAUUGGAGGAACAUUAGAGUUUUCCAGAACAAAGGGGAGUGUAGGGACGGUUUGCUCCACAUGAUUCAGUCCAAAACAUUUUUCUGGAUUAAAAACAAGGUGGCUGGAAGUGUCUUCUCAAUAGUUGAUUGGAAACUUAAUCCUUGGGAAUGUGCUGCUGCUAUGAGGAAGCAUAAAAGCUUGCUGAGAACAUUUCAUAAGCACAAAAACGGUCGGCAGGAUGAGUAGUGAGACUGGAAUGUGUGGGAUUACAUGUCUCUUGGGAUUACUUUGUUUUUGUUAGAUUAUUUUAAUUGUUUGUAUUUGGGUUGGAGUACCCCUUGUACUCUAGUUAAUCGAAUAUCCUUUAUUUGCUGAUCAAAAAAAAAAAAUAAUAGAUUACUUAAGGACAU